GGCCGGCAGAGGCUCAUUGCUUUGGCGCCGUCUGGGGAGCGCGAGCCUGCGGGUGGCGCGCAGCGCAUGGUGGUGGCUCCUUUCGGAGCGCAGCCGACCCGCUGACCUGGGCUCCGUUCCCCUGCCCGGCGCGCCCGGGCGACCUUCUUGAGACAGAAACAGCAGCAGCAUUAGCAGCAGCGGCGGCGGCUGCUUUGCCGCCGCCGUCUCCGCGGGAGCAUGGAGUGCGCCCUGGACGCCCAGAGCCUGAUCAGCAUCUCCCUGCGCAAGAUCCACAGCUCCCGGACCCAGCGCGGCGGCAUCAAGCUGCACAAGAACCUCCUGGUGUCCUACGUGCUCCGCAACGCGCGCCAGCUCUACCUGAGCGAGCGCUACGCCGAGCUUUACCGGCGCCAGCAGCAGCAGCAGCAGCAGCAACAGCAGCAGCCGCCCCACCACCAGCACCAGCACCUCGCGUACGCAGCGCCGGGCAUGCCGGCCAGCGCGGCCGACUUCGGCUCGCUCCAACUUGGCGGCGGCGGGGACGCGGAGGCGCGUGAGCCGGUCGCCCGGCACCAGCUGCACCAGCUCCACCAGCUCCACCAGCUGCACCUCCAGCAGCAGCCCUCUCCGGCCCCCGCCUCUUCCCCUGGCUUCUACCGGGGCGCGUACCCGGCCCCCUCGGACUUCGGCGUUCACUGCAGCAGCCAGACCACCGUGCUGGACCUGGACACUCACGUGGUGACCACGGUGGAAAACGGCUACUUGCACCAGGACUGCUGCGCCUCCGCCCACUGCCCCUGCUGUGGCCAGGGCGCUCCGGGACCGGGCCUGGCGUCCGCCGCGGGCUGCAAGCGCAAGUAUUACCCUGGCCAGGAGGAAGAGGACGACGACGAGGAGGACGCGGGCGACCUGGGGGCCGAGCCCCCCGGGGGCGCUGCGUUCGCCCCCUGCAAGCGCGCCCGCUUCGAGGACUUCUGUCCGGACUCGUCCCCGGACGCGUCCAACAUCUCAAACUUGAUCUCCAUCUUUGGCUCGGGCUUCUCCGGGCUGGUGAGCCGACAGCCGGACUCCUCCGAGCAGCCGCCGCCGCUCAACGGGCAGCUGUGCGCCAAGCAGGCGCUCGCUAGUCUCGGCGCCUGGACUCGAGCCAUUGUCGCCUUCUAGGGACCCCGGAGGGCACGGGGACCCGGGGGCCCCGCGGGGCUGGGGCCAGACAAAGACUCGGCCAAGGGGCGAGAGGAGGGAGCGAGCGGGCGCCUGGCCACUCGGGGCUGAGCUGGGGGCGACCAGGGGGAGGCAGCUGAUGUUUUAUAAAUUGUAAAAUAAAAAAAAGAAAUCUAAAUUCUUGGACUUUAUUUUUGCAGAGAGAAAAGCGCCUAUUUAAGUAUGCUUUGUGUUUCUCCUACUCUUUUUUUCCCCUUCUUUUUAUUGUAGUGAUUGCAGUGGUGUUUAGCAAGGAGCCUGCCACGUGAGGGAGGGCUGCUGCCCGGAGGAGGUGCCGGGCAGCCGGGGGCGAGGCAGGGCGCCCGGGCCGCAGGGGCGCGCCGGGGGCGCAGCGCAGGAAGGUGCGGAGCCGGAGACGCUGAUUCCAAUCAGUUGUCAGACCCGGGAAGCCCGACGUUCCGCUCUCCUGAGUUCCUCCGUGGCGUGAGGAAUGGGUCUUGUGAAAUCCUGAGCAAAAAACAAAGGCAAACUCAAUCUCCAAAAGGGACGUUUGGGUCACAUUUCCUCUCUGGGGGCGGCCUCCAAAGUUCUCAAAAUGAGAAGGCAGAAAUGAAAACACUUCAACUUUUUUUUUUUCUUUUCUUCCCGGGGCGGGUGUCUUGAGCCCCUCCUCUCCCCGCCCCUCUGGCUCUGUUCUUCUCCCCUCCUCCACCCGUCUCCUGGACUCGGGGGUGGCGCCGGACACCCCGACACUCUUGGACACUGUUUGGGGAAGGGGUGGGGGGCGAGCACGGCGGACUACAUUUCCCAUCAUGCCCAGCAUUGCGGUCCUCACUAAACAAAAAAGGAAGUCGAUUUCUUCACCUGGAUCCCCGGCGGCCCCAGGGGAGGGAGGGGCCGGGACCGCCGACUGCGUUGGAGACUUUUCACUAAGUUCCUGGUCAGCUGUUGUGUUUGUGUGUGUGCUGCUAAGUUGCACUGUCCUGGUUCAGUCUUAGGUUGCAUUUCAUGAAACCAGCAUUGUUCGAGCCUGUGAGAACCCUGUCUUGUGUCUUCAGCUCGAUAGAUUUUGUUUAAUUUAAAAUCCUUUUGUUGUAAAAAGGUGGGGUUCUUCUGCAGCCCCUCUGGUUCUCUGCCAUCAGCAUCAGGCGGACUCCAAAACAAGUCGCCAACCCUCCCUUUCUCGGCCCUUCUCCCUCGUCCUUCUGUAUUUUUGUGCAUACUGAAUUGUAUAUCACCGGAUAAAACUGUUCAGAUUAUUUGUUUAAAUUUAUAAUCUUAAUAAAAAGUCGACUGUA